AUGGAGCCGGAUAGCGAGCCGGUCACUGGGAAGAUCUUUGCUAAAGUGGACGUCCCGGACCAUGUGCAUUAUGUCAUCGCCUUUGUCGUCCUUCUCAUCGGAACUCUGGGCGUCGCGGGUAACGCUCUGGUCAUGUACGCCUUCUACAGUAACAAGAAGCUGCGUAACCUUCCUAACUACUUCAUCAUGAACCUGGCCAUCAGUGACUUCCUCAUGGCCAUCACCCAGUCUCCUAUCUUCUUCAUCAACAGCCUCUAUAAGGAGUGGAUCUUUGGAGAAACUGGCUGUAAGCUGUAUGCGUUCUGCGGAGCUCUCUUUGGCAUCACAUCCAUGGUGAACCUUCUGGCCAUCUCCAUCGACCGGUACCUGGUCAUCACUCGGCCCCUGCGCUCCGUGAACAGCAGCUCCAGGAGACGCACGGCCCUGGCCAUCGCCCUGGUGUGGAUCUACUCACUGGCCUGGAGCCUGGCCCCCCUGCUGGGAUGGAGUUCCUACAUCCCCGAGGGCCUGAUGACCUCAUGCACAUGGGACUACGUGACCUCCACUGUGUCCAACCGCAGCUACACCAUGAUGCUCUGCUGCUUCGUGUUCUUCAUCCCCCUCACAGUCAUCCUCUACUGCUACCUCCACAUGUUCUGGGCCAUACGCAAGACCACCAGGGAGGUGGCGCGUCUGGGCACUCAGGUGAGGAAGUCCACUCUGAUCCAGCAGAAGUCCAUCCGCAGCGAGUGGAAGUUGGCAAAAAUCGCCUUUGUGGUCAUUGUGGUGUAUGUGCUGUCCUGGUCUCCGUACGCCUGUGUCACCAUGAUCUCCUGGGCUGGGUAUGCUAACAUCUUGUCCCCAUACUCCAAAGCUGUUCCGGCCAUCAUCGCCAAAGCCUCCACCAUCUACAACCCCUUUAUCUACGCCAUCAUUCACAACAAAUACAGAACCACUUUGUCAGAGAAGGUACCGUGUCUUCGCUGCUUGGCCCCUGGACCUCGUAAAGACACCUCCUCCUCCGUCAGUGAAUCAUCUAUGAGAGACUCUAUUAUCAGCCGGCAGUCCACACACUUCAACGAUGUGGCGUUACGUGACGUGGAGGUAGACGCACUGGGCAGACAGAGAUCCCCCUCCUCCAGAAGCGUGUCCAUGUACAGCCACAGGUCCAGCCGAAAGACCGGCCAUAAGUCUAGACAUAAUUCCAGGCACAGUUCCAGUCAUAGUUCCAGUCACAAGCUGAGUCACAAGUCCUCAAAGAAACCUCUGCUGCCAAAGAACUCCAAGAACCACACUAAACCAAGAGAUAAGAUUGGCCCGUCCCCCAGCGCCUGUGACCUGGUUUCCCACUCUCUGUCCAUCGCCACCCUGCCCCUGGUGCUCAGCCACAGACGCAGCCACAGCCUGUCUGACCUGCUGGACUCCGCUGGGAUAAGGGACCACCGCGGACCCGACUGGACCAGACCCUUCAGCAGCUGCUCCACGGACUCCGGAUCGGGAGCAAACGCAGCGCAGAUAAGAAACAUUCCGCGGAUAAUCGUGAUCAGUCCCACGUCAGAGAGCAGUUUAGUGAAAGAGGAUCAUGAUGAGCCAGAGGAGGAGCCAGAGGACCAAGAGGAGCUGGUGACUGUACCCAUGAGCUUCUCCUCUGAGGUGUUCCAAGCGGUGGAGCUGCUGUCGUGA